AGGGCUCAUUAUAUUGGGGUCCCCCUCACCACCGCCCUCACACGUUGUCUUCAACUCCCUCCGUCGAUUUCUAUUCACAGAGAAUCAAAAGGAGCGAGCGGGAAUUGGCGGCUGCGCACUCCCAAAGUUCUCUUUGACAACCGUCGUUUCCUCAAUAAUAUUAGAGAGAGAAAUCACACGCACCCACAUAUUACAAUCUAUAUAUCUAUAUAGAUAGAGAGAAGGGAACAGUUGCGUGCAGUCGCCGGAAUAUGUGCAUGUCGCCCGCGGAUCUGACCGGAAGUAGAACGGAAGAGGGAGAAAUAUGUGGUAUAGCGUUUCCAACGCUAUUUCCGAGACGGGCCUGAUUUAAUAUUGCUUCUUUCUUGAUUUAUCAUCGAUUUAGUGUAAAAAAGCAGUCUUUUUUCCGUGAGAAUAGGAUCUGUAUGCUAUAGCUGUUACUCGGUUUUUUCAUCAAAAAACUGAUUAGAGAAGAAAACGAGGAGGAGGGAACUGGGUUUUUGUUAGAUGGACGAGGGUUUGCUUGAUGAUAUCAUAAGGCGGCUUCUUGACGCGAAGAACGGGCGGACGCCCAGGCACGUACAGCUGACGGAAGCGGAAAUCCGGCAUCUCUGCUUUGCAUCUAGGGAGAUUUUUCUCAGCCAGCCCAAUCUUCUUGAAUUGGAGGCUCCUGUUAAGAUUUGUGGAGAUGUUCAUGGUCAAUAUUCUGAUCUUCUACGAUUAUUUGAGUACGGUGGGUUCCCGCCUAAGGCAAACUAUUUAUUCCUGGGGGACUAUGUUGAUCGUGGUAAGCAGAGCGUAGAGACAAUAUGCCUUCUUCUUGCGUACAAGAUCAAGUACAAGGAAAAUUUCUUUCUUCUUAGGGGCAACCAUGAAUGUGCUUCUAUCAAUCGUAUAUAUGGGUUUUAUGAUGAAUGUAAGAGGAGGUUUAAUGUCCGCCUCUGGAAGACAUUUACAGAUUGCUUUAACUGCCUGCCUGUCGCAGCCCUUAUCGAUGAGAAGAUCAUUUGUAUGCAUGGAGGAUUAUCUCCUGACUUGAAAAACUUGGAUCAGAUCAGGAAUAUUGCUCGCCCAGUUGAUGUACCAGAUCAGGGACUUCUCUGUGAUUUAUUAUGGGCUGACCCUGAUAAAGAUGUUGAAGGCUGGGGAGAAAAUGACAGGGGUGUUUCAUACACAUUUGGGGCUGACAAGGUUACUGAAUUCCUUCAGAAACAUGACCUUGAUCUCAUCUGCCGAGCUCACCAGGUUGUCGAAGAUGGGUAUGAGUUCUUUGCAAGGCGACAGCUGGUGACCAUAUUUUCUGCACCAAAUUAUUGUGGUGAGUUUGAUAAUGCUGGUGCAAUGAUGAGUGUGGACGAUACAUUGACGUGCUCCUUUCAGAUUUUGAAAGCCUCUGAAAAGAAAGGAAAAGUAGGAUUUGGCAACAUGUUGAGACCAGGAACACCUCCUCAUAAGGUACAAAACCCUUACAGCAUUAUGAAGGCACCAAAACUUUAGGAGUUAUAUGAAAGGAAAGGCACAAUGUCAUUGUUGAUAUGUGAAUGCAAUAUUUUAAUGUUCAGUUCCCUUCUGGUGCUGCAGUGAAUGCAGUGGUCUGUCCAUGCUGUGUAAUGACCUCUUUCAUGAGGCCGUGGACAGGUGGUUGUGACUAUUAAUUCCAUGACUUGUAGUAGAUUGCUGGUAGUGUACUAAAAAGACUUGUAAGUUGUAAAGCAGGAUUUGGAAUAGUUGAAAGUUUUUAAUUAUGACUGUCCAUUGCUUUUGAUUACUAAAUGGUUGGGGUAUUCUAUUCUGCUAAUCUCUUGAAGUGAUUACUGUUGCAUGGGAGUCAUUUGCACACUAUAUGACAAAGCUGGUCCUUAACCAGUUUCUUUACAAUAUUAAGCUAUGCCUUUUUCCUGAAGUCUUUAGUGUGACUUGAGUUUUAACUCCCUGCCUUUUGUUACAGGGUGGGAAGGGUUGAUUGGUCAGUGUCGCUCCCACACAAACGAUCAGUAGAAAAAACAGAUCAAAAGCUGUGGUCUGCUGAAUCAUUUUGUGUUGCGUUCCAUUGUUUUUCUGACUUGGAUGAUGUUUCAAGACUUGCUUCUUUGACACUUAUGGAAGUACAUGAACUUUAAGUGCUUUGCCAAUCAGAAUUACCUGAUAUGUUCAUCAUCAAUGCAAUCAUGGGAAAAAGAACAAAAGAGAUGCUGCUGUGGUCAGGGUUGAUUUCCCAGGGUGGGUAAUGUUUGCUUUUUUUUUUUUGGGGGGGGGAGGCGGCAUUGGUGUGGGGUUGUAAAAUUGAAAAUCUUGCUUCGUUUUGUUGAAUUCUGAAUUGGUGUGGGUGUACAAUUUUUUUACUAGCCAUCUUCAUUUUCUA